CGAGACAUCGUCACGCCACGGCGAUAACUCUCCCGCCGAUAAGUUCCUCCGAUCACUCCUCAAAUCGAUACUUCGAACUUCUCAACGUCACAAAAAUUUCCAUCAUUAUAGUUGAAAAUCGGAGCUCCGAUUUGAGCAAUGCAGGCUGAUAAACCCACGGACAUUGAGAACGACCUCGACGAAGAGCCCGGCGAAGAGGUCGAAUCGGCGCCUCCUCUCAGAGUCGGAGAAGAGCAAGAGCUUGGUAGCUCCGGCAUCAAGAAGAAGCUCCUCAAGCGCGGUCGCGGUUGGGAAACCCCCGGCCCCGGCGACGAAGCCACUGUGCACUAUGUCGGUACUCUGCUUGACGGAACAAAGUUUGAAUCCACCAGAGAUAAAGACGAGCCUUUGACUAUUAAGCUUGGCAAUGGCCAAGUGACUAGUGGAGUGGACGAUGGGAUAAUUACCAUGACAAAGGGAGAGAUUGCUUUGUUCACAUUGCCUGCUGAAAAGGGUUAUGGAGUUGAUGGCCGUGAUGAUGUUGUUCCGCCGAAUUCAGUUGUUCGGUUUGAAAUCGAACUCAUUUCGUGGAUUUCAGUCGUGGAUGUGAGUAAAGACGGUGGAAUUAUCAAGAAAGUGAUGGAAAAAGGACAGAGGAAUGGGGGACCCGGUUAUUUGGAUGAAGUUCUUGUGAAGUAUCGAGUGGAGCUGGUCGAUGGCACUAUUGUGGCAGAAACACCAGAAGAGGGAGUUGAAUUCUAUGUAAAAGAUGGUCACCUUUGUCCGGCAUUGCCCAAAGCAGUCGUGACCAUGGAAAGGGGUGAAAAGGCCAGGUUGAUUGUUCAACCCCAGUACGCCUUUAGGAAACAGGGGAGGGAUGCAAGUGAAGGGUUUCACUCAAUCCCACAAAAUUCUGUUCUGAACAUUGAUGUGGAGUUGGUAUCUUUCAAGCCUGUUAUUGAUGUUACUGGUGAUGCGAAGGUAUUCAAAAAGAUUCUCAAAGAAGGGGAAGAUGCUCUUAGUGCCAAUGAAGGUGCAACGGUUACCAUUACCUAUAUGGGGAGGCUAGAAGAUGGCACUGUAUUUGAGAAAAAAGGGAUUGAUGGAGAGACUCCUUUGAAUUUCGUCACUGAUGAAGAACAAGUGAUUACUGGUUUGGACAUAGCUGCAGCAACAAUGAAAAAGGGUGAGCGGGCCGUAUUAACUAUACAUCCUGAUUAUGGCUUUGGAAAUGUUGAAGUAAGACGAGAUCUGGCAGUAGUUCCACCAAGUUCAACUCUUACUUAUGAAGUUGAGAUGUUAGACUGUAUUAAGGAAAAAGCGCCAUGGCAAAUGAAUAAUAAUGAGAGAAUCGAAGCAGCUGGAAAGAAGAAAGAAGAAGGCAAUCUUCUAUUUAAAAGUGGAAAAUAUCAACGAGCAGCCAAAAAAUAUGAUAAAGCUGCUGAGUAUGUUAGUGAAGAAAUUUCCUUUGGGGAUGAUGUUCUAAAGCUAGCCAAGCCUUUAAGAUUAUCUUGCUGGUUGAAUGGUGUGGCCUGUAGCCUUAAACUUAAUGACUUUCAAGGAGCAAUCGAGCUAUGCUCAAAGGUUCUGGAUGUUGAGUUCCACAAUGUUAAAGCCUUGUAUAGGCGGGCACAAGCCUACAUGGGAAAUGCAGAUCUGAUCUUGGCUGAAUUAGACAUCAAGAAAGCUCUUGAGGCGGAUCCUGAGAAUAGGGAGGUGAAGCUGAUUCAGAGAAACUUGAAACAGCUUCAAGUCGAGAGCAAUAAGAGAGAUGCAAAGCUUUAUGCAAACAUGUUUGCUCGGACACCCAUUGUAACCAAGAAAUUGAAAGUUGAUAAAACUGAGAAUGACAGAAAAGAUGAAGAGAUUGUAUCAAUGGAAGUGGAAAAUGUUGCUCAUACUUCGCAUCCCAAUAACUAAGUUUGUUUUAAUUCCUGAAAGAUCUGAUUGUAAAUGUAAACUGUGAAGUUUAAAUAUAGAGUAAUUUAAGAAACAAAAAGGAUCGAAGUACUCUCAACCCAGAAUAGGAAAGAGAUGAGCAAUAUGUCACUUUAAAUCCUAACCAGUUUUCCUUGUCUAGUUUGGAGUCUUUGGACAAAUGAAGAUCACUGUAAUUCCACU